AUGGCCAAGACCAAAGAGCUGUUGAAGGACACCAGGAACAAAAUUGUAGACCUGCACCAGGCUGGGAAGAGUGAAUCUACACUCGGCAAGCAGCUCAUGAGAGCACUGAAGAUGAAACGUGGCUGGGUCUUCAAGCAGGACAAAGACCCCAACACACCGCCCAGGCAACAGGCCACAAAGGAGUGGCUCCUUAAGAAGCAUUUCAAAGUCCUGGAGUGGCCUCGCCAGUCUCCAGACCUCAACCCCAUAGAAAAUCUGUCUCAGGGAGGAAGUCAGCAGCUCUCUCAGACUCUGGCAGAGCGUGUGGGCUGGCAGAGCAUCCUCCUGGGUUCUGCUGUGACAAACAUAUGGCAGGACGCUGAGUGGGCCAGAGUGACGACCGCCGCCGCCGCCACCUUCCUGUGCCGGGCUGUGAUCGUCAGCUGUCCGCCUCAUUUAGCAACAAAAAUCCACUAUGAGCCAGCGCUGCCCAGCCAGAGAGAGUUCCUUACCCAGAACAUGCCUGUGGGUCACAUGAUCAAAUUCAUUGUUACCUACCAGACGGCUUUUUGGAAGGACAAAGGUUUCUCUGGGGAAAUCGUGGCCGGUUCUUCCACUGAAUGUCCGUUCUGCGUCACCUUUGACGCCACCACUCCCAGAGGAAAUGCUGCUUUGGUGGGAUUCAUUGCCGGCCAGCAGGCGUCUCAGUGGACGACCAAGGAGGCCAGAGAGAGAAAACACGCUGUGGUUUCAGCUCUGGUCAAAUACCUCGGUCCUGAGGCUGCGUCUUUCAUCCACUAUGAAGACAAAGACUGGGCUGUGGAGGAGUUCAGUGGAGGCUGCCCAACCAACGUCAUGGCACCAGGUCUGCUCACGUAUUACCAGCCCAGCCUGAGGAAACCAUGCGGCAGGAUCCACUGGGCAGGAACAGAAACAGCCACUCAGUGGUGCGGCUACAUGAGCGGCGCCGUGCAGGCUGGACAGCGAGCGGCUGUGGAGGUUCUGUCUGAACUGCGUCCUGCGGUUCUGACCCGCGAGGAGCUGCACACACUGCGACACAGUCAGAGUGAAGAGACUCGGGCGCAGCAAACACCGUCAUCUGCACUGAAACGUCUGACCACGGCUGUGGUCGUCACUGCGGCUCUGACUGUAGCUGCUGCUCUGUGUCUGACACACGCGGAGCGCGUGAUGCUAAAGGUCACGACCUUCUUCUCCAACGCACUGUGAACAUACAACUGUUUGAUUCUUCCAGAGCAAAUGUUGGAACAUGGAUAACACUUUAGAUUAGGGAACACAUAAUCACCAUUAUUACUUUAUUACUUAAU